UGUCUCAAAUUGAACUGAUUCCCAGCCAACAUUGGUCAAUGUUUAAACUUCAACUACGAACGAUGGACAAAGGAACGGAUAACCCAGUAUGCAAUGAAGAAAUUCCGAAUGUAAGGCAAACCAGCACAUCUCCUGUGCAAAGGAUUAGCAUUAAAGAAGAUGAAAGUCAAAACUUGGAGGAAGGAUCAUGUGGCUGGGGAACUUUCACACCAGACUGUCUUAAAUACUGCAACACACCAAAGGGAUAUUUACUUUUUUACAGUUUGUUGGCUAUUGUUCAAGGUAUCAUAGUGAAUGGGUUGGUGAACAUCAACCUUUCAACAAUUGAGAAACGCUACAACUUGGCCAGCUUCUACAGUGGGAUUAUAUCUUCAAGUUAUGACAUCUCGUUCUGUGCUUUAUGCCUCUUUGUCGCUUUCUAUGGACAAAAAGGACACAAGCCACGGUGGCUGACGUUCUCUGCUUUCAUGCUCGGACUGGGAUCCAUUGUGUUUUGCCUACCUCAAUUCAUCAAUGGCCUAUAUAAAUAUGGUGCUGAAUUAAAAGAUACUUGUGCUGCUUCCAACAUCAAUGGCAGCUUGUCCACCUACAACAACUUGGGGGAGUCUCCAAACUUUAAUUUCCUAUACAUCUUUAUCCUGGGGCAGCUGUUGUGUGGUGUCGGAGGCGUUCCUUUAUACACACUGGGGACAGCCUCCAUUGAUGAAUGUGUGCCUCAUGAAAAGAGUUCCCUUUAUAUAGGUAUUGGAACUGGCUUGUCCAUUCUGGGGCCUGCCAUUGGCUUUACUUUCGGUGGAAAGAUGCUGAAUGUCUAUAUUGAUGUUAACAAAGUUUCCAAUGUUGAUUUACAGAUCAAUGAUUCUCGAUGGCUUGGUGCCUGGUGGAUUGGGUUUCUAAUGUGCUGGGUAUUAGCCUGGUGUCUGAUUCUGCCUAUGUCUUGCUUCCCAAAACAUCUACCAGGUACCCAGAAAAUCCAAGCCGAAAAAAUGUCUUGGGCCCAUAAAUAUGGAAAAGACGCAAUGUUUACAAAGGAUUUUAUAGGAAAUGGUAUUAAGGAUUUCCCUAUGGCACUGAUGAUGAUGCUGAAGAAUUCAGUCUUCAUGUGCUUAACGAUAUCCACCUGUACUGAAAUGGUGAGCCUCGCUGGCCUUGGAACGUUUCUGCCUAAAUUUAUGGAAACUCAGUUUGGGCAGACUGCCAGUCAGGCAGCCAUCCUCGGAGGGCUAGUCCUGGCCCCUGGAGCAAUCUUUGGUCAAAUUAUCAGUGGAAUCAUCAUUUCCAAAUUGAAGCUAGGUUGUGACAAAAUGAUUAAAAUGGCUAUAAUUAUGACCACACUAGCACUGACUUGCUUGGCGGUUUUCAUCUUCGCAAAAUGUGACAAUGUGCCACUUGCUGGAGUCAACAGGCCCUAUGAAAGUACCAUCACUUCAAACAAAUUUGAAUUGGAGGCAUCCUGUAACGCCAACUGUAGCUGCCUUCAAUCAUUCUACAACCCAAUCUGUGGAGCUAAUGGGGUCCAGUAUUUUUCUGCAUGUUAUGGAGGCUGUACUCAUUUAACAGAGCAGAUUUAUCAGAACUGUUCUUGUAUCCAGAAUUUUAAUCAUACAUUUGUGGCACAUACAGGAAAAUGCCCUUCUACAUGCAAACAGAUGCCCAUAAUUAUGUGUUUUCUGUUGAUAUACGUUAUUUUUAUUUUCAUGAGCAGCAUACCAGUCACCGUAAGUACUCUCAGGUGUGUGCCCGAUAGCCAACGCUCAUUUUCAUUGGGUGUUCAGUGGGUCUUUGUACGGUUAUUAGGCUCCAUUCCAGGACCAGUUCUCUUUGGUGCAGUGAUUGAUAAAUCUUGUAUCCUUUGGAAUGAGGACGAUUCUGGGAUUAAGGGCGCAUGCUGGGUAUAUAACAACGCACGCAUGGUCCACCUGCUGGUAGCGAUCAUUGCAUCUACCAAAGUGGUCACUAUCAUCAUGCUUAUUGCUGCUUUUUUCCUGUACAAAUCUUCAUCAAAAGUUAUAAUCACACCAAAGGAUGGACAGGAGCUAUUUGAGUAAUGUUAGCCCAGAAUGUGCAGUGAAAAUCACAAUAAUUUGGGAGAAACGAUUAUGGGGAAAAUCACAAUAACUUAGUUGAGUAGCAUACCUUGGGAUGCCAUUUUUAUUGAAUUUAUCUAUUAUAGGAUGAUGAUUAGAGCAAGCAGCUAAUUAAGAUACAAAUCUGGCAGUUAAAUCAAGUAAAUGUUUUGUUUUACAAUUACAUAAUAAUAAAAUUGUGUGACAGCCUGGCUCAGUUGGUAGCAUUCUUGCACCGAAGCAGAAAUUUGUGGAUUCACACUCACAAACUUACCGGCCUUGAAGCAGCAUUUGCAGCGCUCCAUGUGAGACAAUUGCGGGGACCUGUCAUGCUCAAUUACCAGCUGCAACGCCGAAGGACCGCAUGCACAGUACAGAACAGUGAAUACGUUCAGAAGACGAGUUAUGGCAUCAGGCAAUGAGGAUACCCCAACUCAAUACAAGUUAGUGACGAGGAGAAUCAGUGAUAAGAAGUACCAGAUUAACCAAUUUUGCAAGGUAAAUCCUGAAAUGAAAAAGAAGGACAUUGCCUCCGAGCCUGAUUUGAAGCCACAGACUUCGACUGGAGAAAUCAGGCAGAGCGAAUUGAGAGUUUAUGUCUGACUUAACAUUUUCUUUAAAAAGGGAUUAAUAAUUCAGUUACAAUAUUAACUCUGUAGUUCUGUGUAAGAAUUUAUAUUCUAUGAAAAUAGUUCUGUUUUGAAACCGGUUUGGUUGUGCCAUUCAUUCUACAGUACAUGUCUUCUACACAGUACUGUGUAAUACUGUAUAGGGAAAGAAUGGACUACCAUAGCUUUAACAUGCAUGGGUUAAACAUGGUACAGAAACCUUGCCUUAAUAUCACCAGCCAGUCCAGUGCUUGUGUAUUUGUUAUGUGUUAGUCAUAUAAAAUCCAACUUGUACAUAACUUUACAUAAUUCAUGUAUGACAUGACUUAUGCAAGUUUCACAUAUCGCAUUCUUUGCAAAAGUCAUAUUAAUAAUAAUAAUCCUUGCAUUUAAUAUAGAGCCUUUUCACAUUGUUAAAAUAUCUCAAAGUGUUUCACAGAAUAUACUGUAAAGUGAAUUGACUAUAUUUUGUGGGUGAAACAUGGCAGCCAAUUACGCACAACAUUCAGCGUUCCACAAACACUCGUGGAUUGAGUGAUCAAAUUAUUAUUUAUUUUUUAUGAAGGCAUUAUUAUCCCAGGAAAAGCGGUCUGCCUAUCGACUAUCAAACAAGUUCCUAUUUACUGCUAAGUAAACAGAGACGUGUGGAGUAAGGAAACUUGCUCAAUGCUUCUCCUGUCCGGGAAUCAAACCCAGGUCGUCUCACUUGCUAGGCGAGUGCUCUAACCACUAAGAUAAAGGAUUCCAUAAUUAAAUGUAUGGUCCCAACUAAUAUGACUUAUAUGAGUAUUAUGUAUUGUCAGAAAUGUGGCCUUGAAUCCACAAACUUCUGCCUCAAUGCGAGAAUGGCAUAAAUAUAGUUGCUAUAAAAUUAGCUUAUUCACCAAUCUGGGCUCAAUCUAUUCCCAUAUAAUUGUAAAUGAAACAGAAAAAGUGUGCGUAUGUUUCUGGUUAAAUGUAACUUCAUUCUUUUAAGGAGUUUUUUUCAGUAAGAUUUUACAAAAUAAAUGUUUAAGGAAUUUAAGACAAGUUUAAUUCUACUUUGUUUCUGCAAUUGGGUAAUUUUGAAGAAAUAAAGAAUAAUUGAUGAAUCAUCAAUAA